GUUUGUCGCAAUCUUUUGACCUGUUCAGAUCAUUUUUGAAUUAAGGCAAUUUGUGGGAAUAAAAUUAUCAAAAAAUUAUUAAAAAUGAAAUAUUUAACUGGUGUCAUUGGUCUUAUCAUCUGUCUAUCAGUUGUUGUUGAAAGUGUCGUAUUUACUGAUUGCGGUUCAAUAAAGGGAAAAUUUACUAAAGUAUCUGUAAGUAAUUGUGAUGAGACUAAACCGAAAUGUGUUCUAAAGCGUGGAACCAAUGCCACCGUCAAUAUUGACUUUCAAUUGAACAACGAAAUUGAAAAAGAGAUAAAAGUGAUUUGUCACGGAAAGGUUUCGGGUCUCGAUGUUCCAUUUAAACUUCCUAAUCCCGAUGCCUGCGUUAACUCUGGCUUAUCAUGUCCUUUAAAAAAGGGAAUCGUCUAUCAGUACACUGCAUCAUUUCCAAUUUUGAAAAUCUAUCCAAAGCUUGACGUUGAAGUGAGAUUUGAAUUGAGAAACAGUGAAGGGAAAGAUAUUAUUUGUGUUGUGAUUCCUUCAAAAAUACAAUGAAUGCAGCAAUAAAACAUACUCUGUGUGUAUGUUUGUGAAAUAAUGUCAGAAAUAAAGUGAUUUGAAUUUAAUUUGAAAAUUGUUGACAUAAUUUAUUUCAAAAAUUUUCCAUGGAUAUUUAUUAGUUUCACGAUUCUCGUAGAAGGAUGAAAGUUCAUGUAAAUGAUGAC